AAAAAGCCACUCUUCCUCUUUCCUCUAAAAAAAAAACAAGACAAUUCUUUUCUUUAGCACAGAGAAAAAAUAUCAGUGAAUUAAAAAGGAAACCUUUCCUUUCUUUUGCCAUUUCCAUCACAGAGAAAAAGAAAAAUGAAUGGCCAUGAAGCUCAAACAACACCUAUUAAUCCCCCACAAAUCUCCCAAAUGUUCCAAAAAUUCGCCUUGGCUUUCAAGACCAAGACCUUCGAAUUCUUCGCCGACGAAGAAAACGACGAUCGUCACAGCAUCAACGCCGCCGCCGAUGGAUUCUCCCUCCUCGACUCCGCCGAAGACUUCAUCACCAACCAGAAAGUCGUCGUCAUCAAGCCCGACCCACCGCCCAAUGCAUUGAUUUCUUCACUUAACAGAGUUUCGCAGGCUCGGACCGUCGAUACCCAGAUCGCCGAUUCAUUGAUUUCUUCCGUUUUCGCCACCGUUUCUUCGUUCGAAGCUUCGUAUCUCCAGCUACAAACUUCGCACGUGCCCUUCGUGGAGGAAAACGUGAAGGCGGCCGAUAGAGCUUUGGUUUCUCAUCUCCAAAGAUUGUCUGAUUUGAAGCGUUUCUACAAGGAGAUUUCGAAGAAUCCCGAUUCCGAAAUUGGGUCGGGUCUCGGGUCUUGCUCGGAAUCUCAAGUGCAGGAGAAUCAAAGCAAGUUGAGGACGUUGGAGAUUGUUUCGAACCGUUUGCAGGAAGAGAUUGAUGAAAAGGACAAUCAAGUCUCGAGUUUGAGGAAGAAAUUAGCUGAAAUUCGAUGGGCUAACACCAAAUUAUCCAAGAAAUUAUCCGGUAAUCUGAAUUCAGCUUGUGAUGUUCUUUUGACGGUUAAAGUAUUUCAUUCUGUUUUGCAUGAUGCUUGUAGAGCAACUCAUAAGUUCAGUAAGAUUUUGAUUGGUUUGAUGAGAAAAGCUGGCUGGGAUCUUGGAUUGGUUGCCAAUUCAAUUUAUCCCGAUAUCGAUUAUGCUAAGGAAGGACACACUAGAUUUGCUUUUCUAUCAUAUGUUUGUUUGGGGAUGUUUCGAGGUUUCGAUUUAGAAGGUUUAUGUUUGCACGAUAACGAAGGGAAUAAGGGUACUUGUUCAUUGAAGCAAUUGCUCGAACACGUAUCGAGCAACCCCGUGGAGUUACUUAGGGACCAAGACUCUGACUUUUCGAGAUUUUGUGAGAAGAAGUAUCAAGAGCUUAUUCAUCCCACUAUGGAGUCGUCGAUUUUUAGCAAUUUGGAUCGAAAUGAGGUCAUGCUGAAUUCGUGGCGAUCGUUGAACAUAUUCUAUGAGUCGUUUGUUGGCAUGGCUAGCUCCGUAUGGACACUUCACAAGCUGGCCUUGUCAUUUGAUCCUAUGGUUGAGAUAUUUCAAGUCGAAAGAGGAGUCGAUUUCUCGAUCGUAUUUAUGGAAGAUGUCACCAAGAGAUGUAACUUGCCCGGACAAACUAAGGUGAAAGUAGGGUUCACGGUGGUUCCGGGCUUCAAAAUCAGAAGUACCAUGAUUCAGUGUCAGGUUUAUUUAGGUGGGUCACAAUGUAAAGGGUAGUUGCUCAAAUAUCGCACCAUGAGAGAACCAAGUUAUACUGAAUCUUCUCUUUUAUAGAAAGGGUUUCGGAGAAAGGUUAUUUUGGUUUGAAUCUUCGGGUGCAAACCUUGAAGGUCCUCCAGGAUUGUAGAUAAACUGUAUUGACAUUAUGACCCCAGUACCUAAAGACUGAGUAAACACUUAUACUAACCCUGCUGCUGAAGUUUACACCGAGCUCGAGGGAGUGACUGCGGUAAGGCUGCUUCUUGACUAUUUUCUUAUACUAAACAAAAUUUUAAGGUUGUGAAUUUCUCUUCUUACGAUUUGCAUUUGAGUCCAUGUAGAAAUGACUUGAUUUUGAUAUGAGAUAAAUACUACACCAAAUGUGUAUCUGCAUAAUUGUUUCUUAUACAACUGGACUUUGUAUUUUUUUCCUUUACAAGUCGCGUCUUUGAUUA